AUGCAGACAGACACUGUUGACCCCACGACCUUCUCGCUGCGCCCGGAGCACAAGCAUAAAUUUCGCCCCAACGAUAUCCGGCCGGUGGUUCGUUCCAUCAUUGAGCUGCGGCUUGAGAAUGAGGAGUACAAGGCGGACGAAAUUCAGAGUAUUAGCAAAGAGAUCGCCGAUACUGUGCGGGAUCGGAUUCGUGGUAUGGACCUCGAACGAUACAAAAUCAUGGUGCACUGCAUGAUUGGGGAGCAGCGCGGACAAGGGGUGCGUGCGGGGUGCAAAAUGUUUUGGGACUCCGACACAGACGACUACUUUGAGGAGGUGUACGUUAACCAACACCUCUUUGCCGUUGUGACUGUGUUUGGGCUGUACCAGUACUAA